AUGCAAAACGGCAGCCCCAACGGCCCAUCACCCCAAGAUGAACUCUUAACGCCGGUACCUGAUUCUCCACGUCGCGAAGAUUCGGUCUUGCAAAAUCCGCCCGAUUCUGGCCCCUACGACUCGAUCCCUUCCGACCCGAAAGACGAGCCGAAAGAUGACGAAGCUACACACGAUCUAGACGGCCCUCCAUCUAAGAAGCGGAGACUCACAGACACGACUCCGUCGCGCCGCUCGACUCCCCGACAAUCCUCGCCGCCAUGGAAGAAGCCCGGGAUAGAAGGACCAACCUCAUUCGUUGUUGAGGGUCGACGCCGAUCAGGGCGGCAGAACGCGCUCCCUCUGGAUCUGCAGCCUCAGUCCGAUAAGCGACAGACACGCGCGGCGCAACAAACAUAUGUGACCAAGAACUCUCGCAGCGCGAAACCAGCUACGUCCUCACCGUUGGCUGUGACGCAGUCGCGUGCCGGUCUCAACGGUAAGCUUGGUGGCAAAGCAGCUGUCAAUGGGUCACCUCGGACUGGUUCCACCAAGGGCGUCGCCAGUAAACAACAAAAGGUCUCGCAAUCACCAAUGCCUAAACCAACACGCGCGCGAGCGGGAUCUCGGAGCUCCGGUAUCUCGCAGCGCCCUCGUCCCAGUCUGAACGGCACCAGUCCACGUCAGCUUCGCGAUCGUCCAUCCCUUUCGAAUACCUCCCCUACGGCUGCCGGCGGCUUGGAUGAUACCAAUGGAAAUGUUGAGGAGGUGGAAGGUUCACAGGUUGUCCCGCGGCUCCGAAUCAAAGUGAAGAAGCCAAUUCUUCCAAUCCGACAUCCAGGACACGUGUCUGGCAAGAAAUAUGACUCUUUCAGAGAAUGGUUGGAUCGCGAGGAUGCUCCAAACCUCCUGUCAUCGGAAGAGGCUUUGGAGGAGGCCCUGCGGCGUCGUGAAGUCUUGAAUGCAGUUAAGCCUGGUGGCCCAUUGAGCGAGGAGGUUUGCUCGGCAUAUAUUACAGACCAGCAGGAGGAACCCCCGCCUCAGUAUUCGCACCAGGACCAUCUGGUGAACCACGCAUUAUACUUUCAGAAGCUUCUGGAGAAGGAACAAAAGCGCCAUCGGCAAACGGCUAAGCUAUUUGCGCAAUGGUGUGCCGACGCUUAUCGAAAACGCCAUAAGAACCCGGAGGACAUUAUUCGUGAGCAGCAAGAGGAAGUCCGUGGGAAGCGCAAGCAGCUGGCCAAGGAUCUCCAGAAGAUGUUUGAUUUAGCACGCGCCGAGAUUGACCGCGCCCGGCUGGCCCGUUGGGAAGAAGAGCGCAAGGUGCAGGACCAGCAGGCUCUUGACCGGGCCAUUAGGAAGUCCACGAUGCUUUUCGAGAAGCGCCGAUCUGAAAUCCUAGGCGAGGUUCCCAGCGAUGCUCCAGCUACGAGCGACGAUGAAGGUGACGUGGACUCUGCAUCGGACUCUUCCGGGGAAGAUGACGAAAGUAACAUGUCCGACUCGGAAGCUGAAUCUGACGAUGAAGCCAAUGUCGAUGCUGAUGCUUCUUUAACCGCCGAGGAGCUUCGAUUGAAGUACGCCAAUCUACCCGUCGAGGACACGGACCAGAUGUCCGUGACUUCAGGAGCCACAGAUCCCAAUGCAAGUGAAGCCGUGCCAGACGAAGCUGAUUCCCAGGCAGUUUCUGGGGAUGCUCAGUUAGACGACGUCGAUUCUGUGUUGAUGGAUGAUAGCGAUGAAUCUACCGACAUGGACGAUGAUAUGGGUGACAGUGACGGCGAUGAAGAAGAAGGAUCGAGCGAGGAAGAAUCGGAGGAAGAAGGCGGUGGAUCUGGCUUGCUCGGCUUCUUUUCGUCCAAAGAUGCUGCUGUGCCUGAAGGCAAAGGGGAAGAGGAGGACGACGAAACCUUCGAUGUCGAGAAGUACCAAGAAGUGAAAUCACCAGAAGCUGAGGAGAUUGGUGUCGAGGAUCCCGAUGAGGUUUCCCUUGUUCCUAAUGGGAUGACACUCGACGAUGGAAUCUCAGCCGAGGGCACACCUUUAGAAGUUGUCGAAGCCUCCGAAGAAACUCCUGCUGGCACUGACGACGCAUCCAUGAUCGACACGCUCAUUGAGGAUGGACCUAUGGAGCCCACUGCUGUUCCAGAAGCCACGGAGCUGACUGAGGAUGUUGUCCUGUCGGAGUCCGUUGAUGUCGAGUCCACACAUGACAUGCGACUCAGUGGAGAGGUAUCCAGCGAGGCCUCUCCCGGAACCUUCGCCACCAAACCAUCUGAACCCGAAUCUGUCUCAUCGUACGAGCCUGCAAUCGAAAAGGCACUGCAGACCAGCCAUUCUCCUGCCCCCGGCUUAAAAACCCCAAUUCCGCAUCUCCUGCGCGGUACUUUGCGUGAGUACCAACAUUACGGUCUGGAUUGGUUGGCUGGCCUCUACCACAACCAUAUCAACGGCAUCCUGGCUGAUGAGAUGGGUCUUGGUAAAACCAUCCAAACAAUUGCCCUGCUUGCACAUCUUGCUGUAAACCAUGGUGUCUGGGGUCCCCAUCUGGUUGUUGUCCCCACCAGUGUCAUGCUCAACUGGGAGAUGGAGUUUAAGAAAUGGUGCCCGGGUUUCAAAAUUAUGACAUACUACGGCAAUCAAGAGGAGCGGAAGUUGAAGCGAAAGGGCUGGACUGAUGACAACGCAUGGAACGUGCUGAUCACUUCGUACCAACUGGUUCUGCAAGAUCAGCAGUCCUUGAAGCGAAAAGACUGGCAUUAUAUGGUUCUGGAUGAAGCGCAUAACAUCAAGAACUUCCGGUCGCAGAGAUGGCAGGCUCUUCUCACGUUUAAGACUCGCGCGAGGCUGCUUCUAACAGGGACACCGCUUCAGAACAAUUUGACCGAAUUGUGGUCUCUCCUGUUCUUCCUGAUGCCCUCCGAUGGCCCCGGUACCGGCGUUGAAGGGUUCGCGGAUUUGAGGGACUUUUCUGAGUGGUUCCGGCGGCCGGUGGAACAAAUUCUCGAGCAUGGAAGGGAGACAAUGGACGAUGAAGCCAAGCAGGUGGUCACCAAGCUUCACACUGUUCUCCGUCCCUAUCUCUUGCGUCGAAUGAAGGCCGAUGUCGAGAAACAGAUGCCCGGCAAGUACGAGCAUGUCGUUUACUGUCGACUGUCCAAGCGCCAGCGCUUCCUAUACGACGGUUUCAUGUCGAUGGCCCAGACGAAAGAGACCCUUGCCUCUGGCAACUUCCUCUCUAUCAUCCACUGCCUCAUGCAGCUCCGCAAGGUCUGCAACCACCCAGAUCUCUUCGAAACAAGACCUAUUUCCACCUCCUUCGCAAUGCCCCGGUCCGUGGCUCUUGAAUACGGAGUGAAGGAGAGCCUUGUCCGGCGUCGGUUGCUGUUUGAUCACCCUCUUACCAAGGUUGACCUUGAUUUCCUCAACUUGGCUCCCGUGUCCAGGGAGGAUAUCUCGCGACGACUCGCCGAUGACGGUAUCCGCCUGAUGGCAUUUGGACCGUUCAAAGCCCUUCGUGAACGUCAAUACCAGCGAACCAACUGGAAGAUGGAGUUUGACGGGUCCAGCAUGGAGAACAUCCUGGAGUCCCUAGAAAACGCAGCCCGGAAGAGGAGAAUGGCCGAACUGGAGCGAUGUCUUUACUUUGAGUCCAAACGCCACGGUCGCCGGCCUGUGUACGGCAGCAGCUUGAUCGAAUUCCUAAGAGCUGGGACCAAGGAGCACGCCCUCGCCAAUGCCCCCUUGAGGAAACGCAACAUGGCUGACUGGCUAUCGAGUCGGUCGUCAGUCCUUGCGUCGAUGAUCCUGACCGUUGAGGAACGUUCCCGCGACAUGGAUGGCUACGUACAGCACUUUGCCUGCGUCACCCCUGCUGUCGUCGCCGCUGGCAUGACGGAAGCUGCGUUGACACCCGUUGAGACACGACUUUUGACCAACACCUCCAAAGACCAGCCGUAUGAUCCCUUCCAUGAAGCGCGGAUGCGCUUGUCUAUCGCGUUCCCGGACAAGAGACUGCUGCAAUACGACUGUGGCAAACUGCAGCGCCUAGACAAGUUGCUACGGGACCUCAAAGCGGGCGGCCAUCGAGCCCUGAUCUUCACACAGAUGACGAAGAUGCUCGAUAUCCUGGAGCAGUUCCUCAACAUCCACGGACACCGCUACCUACGUCUCGACGGAACUACAAAGGUCGAGUCGCGACAGAUGUUGACCGAGCGUUUCAACAGCGACCCUCGUAUCCUAGCCUUCAUCCUGUCCAGUCGAUCGGGCGGUCUUGGUAUCAACCUCACGGGUGCCGACACAGUCAUCUUCUAUGAUCUGGACUGGAAUCCCGCCAUGGACAAGCAGUGUCAAGACCGUUGCCAUCGUAUCGGGCAAACGCGCGACGUCCACAUCUACCGCUUCGUGUCCGAGUAUACCAUCGAGUCCAACAUCCUCCGCAAGGCCAAUCAGAAACGCAUGCUGGAUGACGUGAUUAUUCAGGAGGGCGAGUUCACCACGGACUACUUCACAAAGUUGGACACGCAGGGCUUGGCCGAAAGUGACGAGCGAGAUGGUCACGACGAAGCCAGCGCAGCCAUGGAUCGGGUCCUCGGUAACCGUGUCACCACCGGGACCCGUGCCUUCGAGCAGGCCGAAGAUAAGGAGGAUAUCGAUGCGGCCAAAAAUGCGCAGAAGGAGCUGGAGCACGCCGACGAUGGCGACUUCGAGGACCGCAGUGCCUCACAUGGCACGCCCGCCCAGGUCGGCACACCACUGGCCGGGGCCGGGCCCGACGAUGGUACGCCCGCUCUUGGCAUCGGUAGUGAGCCCCAGCCUAGUCACAUCGAUGACUACUUGCUUCGUUUCAUGGAAUGGAACAUGCGAAACGAGCCCCUGGUUCUACCCCGGGACAAAAGCAAGAAAAAGUCCAAAAAGGGCAAGGAGCAUCACCUCAAACGGCGGCGCUGA